AUGGGUUGGUUUGACGGCUGGUUCGGCCCCAGCGCCUCGUCCGACGACCCUCUCAAGUCCCUCGACCCCAAGCUCCGCGAAUACCUCGAGCGCGAAUCCCCCGUCAAGAUCCAGCAGCAGCAGCAGGCACACGCCCAGUCACAAUCACAGUCACAAGAUGCUGCCGCCGCCGCCGCAGAACGACCAAUUGUGCCGAAAGAGAGCCUCUUCCAGGACGGACGGUACGCGCACCUGUGGAAGACGUACCGGCCCUACGCCGAGAUCGAGGCCGAGACGAAGACGGACCACGAGAAGCUUAUGGACGUGCUGGACGGUUUCAAGCAGAGGAAGCACAACAUUGGCAGGGCGGCGCUCGAGAACUGCGCCAUUCAGCAGGAGGAGUGGGUGAACUGCAUGAAGAGCGGCGACUGGGAGGACAGGAUGCAGAUGUGCAGGCGUCAGGUGCAAAAGUUUGAGAGGUGUUAUACCAUGCAGACGAGAUUCCUCAAAGCUCUAGGCUACCAAUCCAUCAACGGCCGCUCAGCCCAAGUGGAAGAAGACAUUCAGAUGCACGCAGACCAGCUCUACGGGCGCAUGAUUGAGCAGGAAGAGGCCGUGGAGGCCGCCAAGAAGGAUGGGCUCCCUGUGCCCAAGUUCGAUUUCACGAUACCCGUCGCCGCACCGGCCGCAGCCACGGCGCACACGCCGAGGCCGGACCUGGAGACCUCGUGGAAGGAGAAGCUGGAGCAGCUGCCCGAGUCGGAGAGGGCGGCCGAGGAGGCGGCGCUGCGGGCGGAUUUCCAGGCCAACGUCGAGGUGGCCAAGAACGUGCAGAAGCUGUGGGACGAGCAGGAGAAGGAGAAGGAGAGGCGCAAGGCCGAGGGCAAGGCUACGAUUGUGGAUCGUAUCUCGGGGACGUUUGGCGGUGGAAAGUGA